AUGGACGAUAUUGCAAUUAUAGGUCUCGGUCUUCGAUUUCCUGGCGACGCAUCAUCCCCGGAAGCAUUAUGGGAAACACUCGAACGCGGAGAGUCUCAGUGGUCGGAAAUCCCCCGGGACAGACUAAACAUCAAUGGUUAUUACCACCCCAGCGGUGAUCGCGAAGGAUCUAUUUCCUUCAAAGGGGGUCAUUUCCUCAAGGGAAAUGUCGCAGAGUUCGAUGCUCCAUUCUUCGCUAUUACCGCCGCCGAGGCAAACGCGGUUGAUCCUCAGCAACGCUUGCUUCUGGAAGUCUGCUACGAAGCUCUUGAAAAUGCCGGAUGUACUAAAGACGAUAUCGACGGUACCGAUACCGCUGUUUAUGUCGGCUCUUUUGUCAAGGAUUAUGAGCAAAUUUGCUUGCGUGAUCCAGAUUGGCAGCCAAAAUAUGCCGCAACGGGGAAUGGCAUUGCCAUCAUGGCAAACCGCAUCUCUUAUUACUUCAAUCUUCAUGGUCCAAGCAUGACGCUUGACACAGGCUGCAGCGGCAGUCUCGUGUCUAUUCAUUUAGCGGCGCAAAGUCUACGUUCCGGUGAAACAUCUUUGGCCAUUGCUGCCGGGGCUGGAAUGAUUCUGACACCAAAUACGAUCAUGCCGAUGACAGCACUAAACUUCCUCAGCCCAGAUGGCAAGUGCUUUACAUUCGACGCUCGGGCAAAUGGCUAUGGUCGAGGCGAAGGUGUUGGUGUAGUAAUCUUGAAACGCAUGUCUGAUGCUAUCAGAGACAAUGACCCCAUCCGGGCUGUGAUUCGCGGGACUCGGGUGAAUCAAGACGGGCGAACUACCGGCAUUACUCUUCCCAGUAAAGAGGCCCAAGUUUUGAAUAUCAAAGCCGUUUACAAGGCUGCUGGCCUUUCCUUCUCCGAUACGGCUUACGUCGAAUGCCAUGGGACUGGCACACAAGCAGGCGACUGGCGCGAGUUAAAGGCCAUCUCCGAAACGCUUGGAGCAGCUCGCACUCCAGAAAAUCCGAUAUUCGUGGGGUCCAUCAAGCCCAAUAUUGGACAUCUCGAAGGAGCCGCCGGUGUUGCUGGCUUAAUCAAGGCCGUGCUAAUGCUGGAGCGGGAGCAGUUCCCCCCACAUAUCAAUUUCGAGACUCCAAAUCCUGACAUCGAUUUUGAGGAAUGGAAGGUUCAGGUGUCGCGCGUUGCGCAGCCCUGGCCGUCUAGUCUGAAGAAGCGAGUGAGCGUCAAUUGCUUCGGUUUUGGGGGAACCAACGCGCAUGUGAUUAUGGAUGGGGCCGCCGAGUAUUUGGCGGCGCGGCAGUAUUCUGCACGUCACAACUCGACGAGUCGUAAAGUCAAUGGCUCGUCCUUGUCCUUGGGGAAUGGAUCUUCUCACCCAGAGCACGAGGGCACGGAUCCAGUCAACUGGCAAAUUUUCUGUUUGUCUUCCAACGAGCGCUCUGGAAUCCAAAGAUUGGUGUCUCAGCAUGCAUCGAUGCUUAGCAACUCGACGACUGUUACGAAUGACUGUUUGUCAAGCUAUGCUUACACAAUGGGAUGCCGUCGGUCACAAUUUGAGUGGAAAGCGUUUUUUGUCUCCAAUUCAGUUUCGAACUUGGCUGAGCAGAUGAACCGGGCCGAGUACACAGCAACUCGUUCUUCCAAGCAUUCAUCUCCAAGGCUUUGUUUCCUUUUCUGCGGCCAAGGAUCACAGUGGGCUCGCAUGGGCUUGGAUCUGAGAUGUUUUCCGGUCUUUUGGAAUAGCAUCAACUCUGCCAGCUGGUACCUGAAGACGAUUUUGGCAUCUCCAUUCAAUUUGAUUGAGGAACUUUGCAAAGAUGCUGCGGACUCUGCUCUGUCAAGCGCGCACAUCUCUCAGCCAGCAACUACAGCAAUCCAAAUUGCCAUCGUUGAUUUGCUGCAAUCAUUGGGAAUAGAGCCAUCUUUCGUGGUCGGACAUUCGUCUGGUGAAAUUGCGGCUGCCUUUGCGUGCGGUGCCAUUUCUCGUGAAGAAGCAUGGGAAGUGGCUUAUUAUCGUGGCCUUGCGGCAUCCAUAUUGCAUAGUGAGCUACCUGGAUUUCAAGGUGGUAUGAUUGCGGUUGCCAUGAAUCUGAACCAAGCUAUAUCCUAUAUCGGUACACUCCCUGAGCCUCUCGAAAUCGCUUGCAUCAACAGCCCGAACUCGAUCACGCUGUCCGGAAAGCGGGCCAUGAUUGAGCAUGCAUCCCGUGAUCUCACGGCGCAAAACAUCCGUCAUCGCAUCCUUUCAGUUGACAUGGCUUACCACUCGACCUAUAUGAAAAAGGUGGAAGAAAACUAUGUCCAUAAUAUCAGCUCCGUCUACCCCUCGGCUGGUCGAAAGGUCGUACGAAUGUUCUCAUCCGUUUCUGGUGGCGAGAUUCAAGGUUCGAGUCUCGACGCCAGCUACUGGGGGAAGAAUAUGGUAUCUCCUGUACAAUUCUCAUCAGCCAUGGAGUCUCUUAUGGCUAUUCCAGAUGACGAACAUCCAUCUAUUUUCAUUGAGAUGGGCCCUUCGACUGUUCUGCGAACACUGGUUCUGGAUACGCUUGCGGCCCGCUCAAAACCUGAGCAAUUCUUCAGCGCACUAGAAAAGUCUCGUCAGGGAAUGGCUUCUAUUCUCAAUCUUGUUGGAGAACUAUGGGCCGCUAACUAUCCAGUCAGCCUCAAAAGCGCUAUUUCUCGUCGGGUCCCCCAUCCACAGCUCAAGUGCCUCUCUAAUUUACCGUCAUAUCCAUGGAAUCACACCAAGUCAUACUGGCACGAAUCUCACCUCAGUCUGGCAAACAGAUUUCGAGAAUAUGGUCGCUUAGACCUUAUUGGAGCACCAACUGCCGAUUCUGUGUCUUUUGAACCUCGGUGGCGCGGCUUCCUCAGGAUUUCCGAGAAUCCUUGGAUCCAAGAUCAUCAAGUUCAAAAGACGUUCAUCUACCCCGCCGCUGGUAUGAUUUCCAUGGUCUUAGAGGGAGCUAGACAGUUGAAGAGAAGCUUCAAAGAUCUCAUCGGCUACGAGAUACGCGAUAUGCGCUUCCAAAAAGCCAUUAUUGUGCCAGACAGUACACAUGGUGUCGAAGUAGCGCUGAACAUGAGAGCUGAAACCGACGGAGAAGAUGGCCGUUUUCCAAACGGCCAUUUCACCUUCUCUAUUUAUUCGAAAGCGUUGGAAAAAGAUUGGGAGAAGCAUGCAACUGGAAGUUUGCACUUCUGUACUCAAUCACAGAAUAUGAACGCUCUAUUUGCGGCUUUCAGCAAUAAACAAGAUGAAGUCAGCGCUGAUUGCACCACCUCGGUCAACCCGAGACAAUUAUAUGAGCAUUUGGACACUGUUGGUAUCACUUACGGUCCAAUGUUUCGUAAUAUCAUGGAAGUUAAAAAAGGGGCAAACUGUUGUGUAAGCAAGAUCCGUGUCCCAGACACGAAAUCAAAGAUGCCGGCCAACUUUGAGCACCCACAUCUGCUUCAUCCCGCGACAUUGGAUUCAAUGUUUCAGACACUCUUUGCUCUGGAUCCUGUACCUAGGAUCCCUUACCUGAUUCAGAGUAUAUUUGUAUCCGAUACCUUGGAUUUGAGUGAUAGCAGAGAGUUUCUCGGCCAUGCUAUUGCCAAACCAACGCAGUUCGAUGAAGCCGAGGCGCAGAUUACGAUGAGCUGCACGGAUCGGCCGUUGGAUCUGGUCAUCAUCAAUGGGCUCCAUUUCAGCGGAGAGCUUUUCAAUUUGUCAUCUGAAUCUUCUUUUCUUCCCAGCUAUCGAAAUCUCACCACAGAGAUUGUUUGGCGGGAAUACCCCGACACCACUCAAUUCAGGUCCUUCAAACAUGCGAUCUCGCUCCUUUGCCACAAACACUCCGAUCUUUCCAUACUCCAGAUUGGAGGCGCAAUUUCCUUCGCUAAAUGCACUUUGCUAGCAGCUUCGGAAAAUCCUGGCCGGCUACUGCGGCUCGCGAAGUAUUCUUAUGUCAAUCAAAAGCAGCCCAGCCUGCGCUUCAACGAGGUCAAGCUAGCUCCAUUCAGUAGCUACAUCGAACAGCUGCCAGAUCUCUCUUCAAUACAAUCCCAAUAUGAUCUCGUGUUGAUUGAAGGGCAGAGCGAUGAUGAAGUUGAACAAGCCAAGCGCUUCCUCCGGCCCGGCGGGGUGAUGCUUCAAUUAGGUGCAGUUGGCAGCAUCUCUGAGCAGUCAAAGGAAGGGAAAUGUAUUUCCGGGUUUGAUCUAGGCUGGAACCUGGCAGACCUGCAAGUCGAGUGGUGUGAGCGCACCGGGACUGCGGCCCUUUCCGCCGAGGAGGACGAGAGCAUGCCAUGGACUAUGCGCCAAGUAUUCGCUGAGGAUACAGAGCAGUAUAUGCCUCGUCAUAUUGUUCUUCUGCUUCCUAAUGAGAUUUCCGAACAGGUCUCUCUCUUUGAGGCUCAAUUUCGGCAAUAUCUUGCAGUCAACUAUCCAGCGACUAGUCUCUCAGGUCUACAACUUCAAGAUGCAGCAUGCGAUGGCCCCAUUCCAAGCGAAGCCCUCUAUAUUUCGCUACUUGACUAUGUUCCGGAGACAGCUAACGAAGGAUUUAUCUUCAAUUGGAGCGAAGCAGAUUUCACGGCCUUUCACUCGCUACAGAGCAGCGCAAAAACAAUUGUUUGGAUCACAAGAGGAGCUAACAUGACACCAACCGCUCCUCGCGUCUCACCUAUCAUCGGCCUUGCAAGAACGCUCAUGUCUGAAGACUCACAAAAGAUAUUUGCUACGUUUGACUUGAGCCAGGACUCAUCACUUUCUCAACCGAAAAUCAUGGGCAUGCUUGUCACCGUCUGUCGCAGAGUAACAGACCCAGCUCUCAGUGACAAGCCUCGCGACGUGGACUUUGCGGAGAAAGACGGAGCGCUGUUUAUACCUAGAUUACAAACUCUGGGUGAUAUGAAUAAAAUCAUCGAAAACGGCGAUAGCUCCAAAAAUGUGGUGGAGAAGAUCUUCCGAACAGAGGACAGCAAGACCGGACGCCAAGUGCUGGAGUCACUACUUCACUCCGAUAUCCCAUUAUCAAGGCUUGCUUCACCUUCUCAUUUCAAACAAUCUGAGCUGGGUGAGCUCAAUUGUCAAGAGGUUGCCAUUUCAUUCGAGUCCACCAUUCUACAUGCUCGCAACGAAGGAUCAGAGGGGAGAGGAGUUUGCGAAUGGCAAAGCUACGAUGUGACAGGCUAUGUAUCUGCUACAGGAAGCGAUAUAAGCCAUUAUCAGAUAGGCGACAAGGUGGUCUGUUUGGUUCCUGGAGGCAACGGGCUACGCACAACAGUUCAUGCCGAUGCUGCGUUGGUAAUAGACCACAGGCCUGGAUUCGUACCCAGUCACUUCCUGUCCGCAUACUAUGCGCUUUUCGUCACCGGCAGAUUGACUCAAGGCAUGAAAGUACUGAUCCAUGCCGGCGCAAGUGGGUUUGGCCUUGCUGCCGUAGAACUGGCUCUGUUGUCUGGAGCCACCGUAUUCGCUACAGUCAUGGGUCCGGACACAGACAGGCAAAGGAAUAUUCUGCAGAAACGUGGGAUUGAGCACGAUCACAUCUUGGAUGGCAACUAUCAUAGUUAUCCAUCUCUUGUCAGGCUCCUGACGAAAGAUCGAGGAGUCGAUCUCGUUUACAAUCCUACGCAUAACGAUAUGCACCUUUUGGUCGCAUGCGUUCGCCGAUGUGGUACAAUUGUGCAUUUUGCCAACUCUGCAGAGCAUUCUUCCUCCGUCAGCACUCCGAGCUUUCCCGUGACCAUAGUGCGCUUUGAUCUAGCCACGUUGCUCAGCGAGGAUCUGUUUCCUGCGAUAGAGAUGAUACACUCAGCGAACAAGCUCACUGCGAAUACCUCUUUGGAAUGGAUGGCGGAUUCGACUGUCAAGCAGCUAUUUGAUGUAUCUCAGUUGCAUGAUGCCUUGAGAGCCGUCAGUGAAUCGCCAUAUCUCGGUUCUGUGUCCGUCAUCGCGGGCUCGACUCAAGAACACGCAAGCCUCGUUCAGGUUUUGCAACAAAGUCUCCCAAAUCCAUUGGAAAACUGCAUAUAUGCGGAUGCCACUUACGUCUUAGUUGGCGGACUGGGAGGCCUUGGAAGAAGCAUCGCGGAGCUCCUGGCAGACAACGGGGCAAAGAAUAUUGCAUUCCUGAGCAGAUCUGGGGCUUCUUCCUCGAGUGCCACGCAUUUUCUUAGAGGACUUUCUGACAGAGGAGUGACGGUCAAGGCCUUUGCUAUUGACAUUUGCAACCAAGUCGACCUUCAAGAUCUUCUGGUAGGCACCGUCUCCACCGUCAUGCCGCCAAUUGCUGGCGUGUUUCACUGCGCAGCUGUUAUCAAGGAUGCCGUGUUCGAUAACAUGACAUAUGCAAGCUGGAAUUCUGGCUUCAAGCCGAAAGCUCUGGGCGCCUACAAUCUAGUUGAAGCAGUGAAAACAACCGGCCAGACUCCAUUCUACAUAUUUUUGUCAAGCUCUGCAGGUGUCAUUGGUACCCGCGGACAGGCGAACUAUGCCGCUGGUAAUGCGUUCCUUGACGCUCUAGCUAAGAACCUUAGUAUGCAUGGAAAGAGAGCUGUGUCUCUCGAUUUGGGGCCUAUACUUGGCGCCGGCAUGCUGGCAGACGAUGAAGUCAUUCUCGAUGCUCUGCGAGCCAGCGGCUUCUAUGGCAUUCGCCAUGAUGAUUUCCUGACCAUAAUCAAGCAUGCAAUAAUCGGAGAGCAGAUUCGUGGCAAGCCAUUGCCGCCUCAGAUUGUUCUCGGUGUCGGCACCGGCGGACUAAUGUUACAGAAUCAGCCGGCAGACCCGUACUGGUCCCGCACAGCAAUGUAUUCAUUUCUCAACAUAGUCGAUAUGCCGGAGCCAGACUUGAGUGCUCCUACAAUGCCAGUCAGCCUAAGCAUCAAAGCUAGAUUGAUGGGCUGUACGGAUGCUGAAACCGCCACCAACAUCGUGUGCAGUGGUCUUGCCGGCAUGCUCGCUAAGUCAAUGAACAUGGCCACUGAGGAGAUCGACCCAUCUCGGCCUCCAAGUGCCUACGGAGUCGAUUCCCUCGUCGCGGUCGGUGUUCGGAAUUGGGUGUUCGGAAAUUGUGGGGUAGAUAUCUCUGUCUUCGAGAUAUUGAGCGAGUUGACAGUCUUCGACUUGUCCAAGUUGAUUGUUCAGAAAUGGAAAUCCGGGCUUCGUGCAACAGGCCCUAGGGAAUAG